AUGGCUAAAUAUCUGCUGCUGACUCUGAUUCUUUGCCUGCCAAAGCUGGUUCUGAUGAGGCAUUUACCUCUGAAGGGAUGGGGCAAUGAGAUAAUGUCAUGGAAGAAAUGUCUGCCAUGCCAGGAAGAUAGGUGCCCUCCAGAACCCCAGCGUUGUCCUGCUGGAAAGGUUAGAGGUCACUGUGGAUGUUGCUGGGAAUGUGCCAAUGUGGAGGGGCAAAUGUGUGACCUGCCCUUACAGGAGGAAAGCUUUGGGGCAUGUGGAGAAGGUUUGCAGUGCCAAGUGAAAGCUGGGCACAGUGAUGAGCCACAGUGUGUCUGUAUCAACCAGGAGAGUGUGUGUGGCACAGACAGACGGACUUACAAGAACCUAUGUCGCCUUCAAGAAGCUGCCAGGACAAAGAAAAGACUUCAGCUAGCUGUGGCACACAUUGGGCCAUGCCAGGAAGCUCCAGUUUUUCUCGGGGCCCCUCGGGCCAUGUUGGCCCUCAAUGGACAGAGCAUUAUUCUAGGUUGUGAAGUGUCUGCACAGCCACUGGCAGAGAUAGCAUGGAGGAAGGAAGGUACUGAGGGGGCAUUACCCGGGGAGAGUCGUCACAUAAUAGUGCAGUCUCGUGGGGGACCUCAGAGACAUCGUGUCACUGGUUGGCUGCAGAUUCAUCGGGUGAGACAGAGAGAUGCAGGAGUGUACGUGUGUCAUGCCUGGAAUGUAUUAGGAGAGAUUUCUGCACCAGCAAGGUUAACAGUAGUCCCCCAUGAUUCCCCUUUAGCUUUUGAAGCUGCUGAUCUUCACUUUGGGGUAUUUGAUGUGGCAGAUGAUGAGGAGAUUUAUGAUGAUGAAGAUAAAUCCCGUGAAGGUCCUUCGGGUGACUUGCCAUGA